AUGGGUGGAGAAAAUGUACUUCAAACAAUAUCCACAUCAAAAUAUGACACAUAUCCAGGAAUUGAAGAUAAUGAAGAAGAAGAAGAAUUGGCAGAAUCACUUGAUAUUCACACUGAAUUUGGAGUUCGACGUCAGCGAUCUCAUACGUCAGUUCAGUUAGAACGUCUGCAAAGAAAUAUGAUAAAAUCUGCUAAUGUGCGCCAUGUAAAAUGGGAAAUAACACCUGUUUCCCUUACAGAUGAAGAAAAGGCUGAAUUAUUUCCUAAAAAAGACAUCAGUCACCAAAAAAAGAAUUAUGUUUCUGAAUUAUCUAAGUUAUUGAAAGCUUGCCCAUACCUACCAAUGAAUCCAUUUCGAGAAUAUUCUAAAUAUGAUGGAAAUGCCCAGCUAGGUGAAGCCACUCGGAAGUAUGGCAUAUUUAUAACUAUGCUGAAUUUAGAACGCCGUAACUAUCCUAUGCAAGUAUCAAUUAUAGCCACUGCAAAAGUACAUGAUCUAAUUGGAUUGGUAUGCUGGAAAUGUACUAUUGAAUAUCCAGAUUGCACCUUGAAGGAUAGUGUUGAUUGUUAUGCUCUAUACAUAGCAGAAGAUGACGGUGAGGUUGAUUUUGACUUUCCAUGUUUAGACUCUCGAGAAACUGUUGCUAAAUUUGGAUUUGGGUUCUUAGCUAUUGUUGAACGUGACAGUAAAUUAGCACCAGCUACUUCAAAUCAUUCCCCUACAUCACAGGAAGGAAAUUCUGUCUUAAGUGAAAAUGUAAACACUAAAGCUCAACAACAACUUGAAGGAGAGUUGAAUAAACUUCUUGCUAUUGAAGCGCCUUUAUACCAAUUAUACCAUGUGAAUAUUUUGAAUAAAGUUAGAGCAAAAAUAGAAAUACAUUUAGGUAUAUCUGGCCAAAAAAUAGAAUUAGACCCAGUUGUAAAGCAAAGAUCUAGCUCUAAAUUUCCAUGGACAAAACAAAAGCCGGCUACAUAUGACAUGGAUUGUGUGGUAGCAUGUGAUCUUACAGAAACAAAAUCCAACAAUCGUGCUGUCUUAAGACUUGUAUAUGAUAGUACAGCAUUAAGCUCUAGUAUUGGAGAUAGUGCCCCUAGUCAACAAGGAACUGCUGUAUGGAGUAACUUCAAACAUCAUGAUUUUGAAGCAGAACAAAAAGUGGCUGAAGAUAUCGUACAAAAAAUUAAUAAUAUCUUAGAACUCAGGUGUAGUGUAAGAAGACAGGAAUAUAUCUCAUUACGUGAACGUAAGUCACAUCGCAGAAGAAGCUUUCAUCUUGGUCCAAGAUAA